ACAAGUCAUGUUUCAUGCAAAUUGACACCCAAAAGUCUAAAAAGGCUAGCCGUGUCAGCCGCCUUGAGCCCCCCCACCCAAAAUAAACGUUUCUGGACAUUCUUUUUCAAACAUCAAUGGCUAUGCCAUCUUUCCCCAUCUCCAAUUCCCUAUUUAAACAUCACUUAGCUUAUAAUAUCUUCAACAUAUAUUCAAAACCCACCAAAAUCUAAACUUACCAUUCUUGAAAAAUGGAUCUCAAACAACCACAACCACAAUCACAAUCCCAAAUCAAGGUGGUGGUUGAUUCAGUACCCACUGGCACUAUGAAACCACCCCACUUCCACCACCCUAAUCUGAUCGUCGGAAAACGAUCUCUAUCUUCAAUCUUAACCAAAUUCCAUGCAGGCUACUUUCGGAUAAGCCUCUCUCUCUGCAGCCAAGCCUUGUUAUGGAAAAUCCUAGUGAAGCCAAUCGACAAUGCUCAUGCUUUCAGACGCAUGUUUCUCAUGGUUCCUCCAACGGCUUUCAACUUUCUAUGGUCCCUCGCACUCUUCACCUUGACCUUACAAUCCCUCCUCUAUGUCCUCCGCUGUCUGCUUCACUUCGAACUCGUUAAGGCCGAGUUCUUGCACCGCGUCGGCGUAAACUACUUAUUCGCUCCAUGGAUUUCAUGGCUUCUUUUGCUUCAAUGUUCUCCUUUCUUCGCUCCGAAGACUGUGUUUUAUCAAGUGCUUUGGUGGGUAUUCGUGACCCCAGUAGUUGUUCUCGAUGUCAAGAUCUACGGCCAGUGGUUUACCAAAGGAAAGAGGUUUCUAUCGACCGUGGCUAAUCCGACGAGUCAGCUGUCGGUGAUUGGGAACCUGGUGGCUUCGAGUGCUGCGGCUCAAAUGGGGUGGAAAGAGAGUGCAGUGUGUAUGUUUUCGUUAGGAAUGGCACACUAUUUGGUGCUAUUUGUAACGCUUUACCAGAGGUUAGCCGGGAAUAAUAACCUCCCUGUGAUGUUGAGACCGGUGUUUUUCUUGUUCAUUGGAGCUCCGAGCAUGGCAAGCUUCGCUUGGGAAUCCAUUUCUGGAAAGUUCGACAACACUUCCAAGAUGCUUUUUUUCCUCUCACUCUUCCUCUUCAUGUCCUUGGUUUCAAGGCCAGCCCUAUUCAAAAAAUCAAUGAAAAAAUUCAAUGUGGCUUGGUGGGCUUAUUCAUUUCCUUUGACAGUCCUGGCAUUGUCUUCAGCAAAAUAUGCGGAGGAAGUGAAAGGAGGCAUAGCGCACGCAAUGAUGCUAGUUUUAUUGGCCAUCUCAUUUUUGGUGUCUUUCAUCUUAUUAGUAGUCACUGCACUCCAUUCAAACAUGCUGUUGCCGCCUCCAGCAGCAGCCACGGAUCCUCCAAGUCCGACGCCUAGUUGUGAUUCCCAUCGGACUAUAACAAAGCAUCUUCAACUAUUUAGAAGCAUAUUGAAUUGAUGUAGAGUUAUAAAUUAACUUGUAACUCAAUGACAUUGAUUUAUUUCUCUUUUUUUUUUUUUUUUUUUCCUUUUUUUGUAAAUUUCUAAGGAUGUAUUCCUUGACUUAAUAUCAAAUGCAAGUAGUUAUG